AUGGCCACCACCAGGUGGUCGUUCCUGCUGUUUGUGGUCCUCAACCUCAUAGUUCAAACUCAAAACUUCCAUCCACUCUAUAAGAGGAACUCCAUCACUCACCGCGAGAUCACAACAAAGGCAGUUCUCCGUAAGACGGCAGAGGUCUGCAGAGACAUUGCUGCUGCAGAGGGACAGGACUUCAUUCUGACUAUUGAUGACAGUCUAACGGCUGAACAAGUACAAAAGGCAUGCUCCUCCUCAAGAAAAUCAGGCUCACUCUCGUCCAGUUUCUCUUUCCAUGGUUCCAUUGCCUUUAUGUACUUGGGCAAUGCGUAUGUAGAUUUAGCAUACGCACUCAGCACAAAGCACCAUUUUGAUAGUGAGACCUUCCAGCAAGGACGAGAUUUGAUCACAGAAGGCGUGUCUGUUGUGAAGGCCAGUGUAAAACAGAAGAGCUACAUCACAGGGCGUGCAACACUCGGACAACUAUUUCACACUAUACAGGACUUCUACAGCCACAGCAACUGGGUGGAAUUGGAGAACACGGUUCCUUACGAUGCACUGAUCAAACCCGACAAGCCUUUAGAAAAUCUGGCAGGUCUAAUUGUUCCCACCUGUAGAAACUGUGAAGGAGAUAACUGUGACGACAACAUUUUGCCAAAUGUGCUGAAAAAAAAGGUUCUCACCUCCGGCUACUUUGGCAUUUUCAAGCCAGGAGGUAAAUGCAGCCAUGGAGGGAAAGCCGACGUGUCGAGUUUACAGGAACCAGUGGGAGGCAUUAAUAAGGACACUGUUUCUUCCCAUCAUGGCUCACUUCAUAUACAAGCGGCCAAUUUGGCUGUGAUUGCUACUAUGGACGUUCUGGAAGACAUCAGACUAGCUGUUGGAGACAGGAACUUCCUACAAUUGAUGGGUCUUUCCCAUUCCUCUGUGCUGUGUUUUGUCAUUGACACUACAGGCAGUAUGGUUGAUGACAUAACCGAAGCUAAGGCAGUUGCUUUUGACAUCAUUGAUAGCAAGAUAGGAACCCCACAGGAGCCUGCUGCCUAUAUACUGGUUCCAUUCAAUGACCCAGAGGUUGGACCUCUGCUAUAUACAGAAGAUGCAGACAUAUUCAAAGUAGAGAUCGACAAGCUGACUGCUUUUGGAGGAGGUGACCUCCCUGAGAUGUGCUUGACUGGACUGCAGCUCGCCCUUACAGCAGCUCCUGUUUCAUCUGAGAUAUUUGUUUUCACUGAUGCGCCAGCAAAAGAUGCACACUUGAAAACCACCAUUGAUGCCCUUAUUGAGAAUACCAAGUCUGUCGUGACUUUCAUCCUGACAAAUGUCCUAGCCAGUCGACAUAAACAAAGCCUUCAAGAUGCAUCGCCUCGAUGGCUGGGCCAAACAGAGGCUCAGCUCUUCCGUGACAUAGCCCAGGCCUCUGGAGGACAGACAAUUGAAGCCGAUAAGGGAGAUCUUGGUCUUGCUACAAUUGUCAUCGAGGAUUCCAUAACCAGUGCUUUGGUAACGGUUUUUCAAGCAGCAAGGGAUCCCGGAGAGCCUGCUUGUUUUACAUUUGAUGUGGAUGCCUCACUAACAAACAUAACCAUCUACAUCAUGGGGACUUCAUCUCUCACCUUUGAUAUCACCAGCUCAACAGGUGUGUCUCAGAACUCCAGUGAACAAAGGGGUCCUCUGGCAACUUUGAACAUGGUGGGUAACCUGUGGCGACUGAAGCUCAAUAAUGUCAAUGAAACAGGAUCGUGGGAAAUAAGUGUGGACUCUUCUGAUGCCUACUCAGUUAAGGUCACAGGUCAAAGUCCAGUGAACUUCAUCUACAACCUUGUGGAAGCCCGUGAAGGAAUCCAUGGAGACUUCUUUUUGAAGGAGGGACGUCCACUUUUUGGUGGUAAUGUCACCCUGCUGGUCACAGUGAUGGGGAGUGAAGGUGUAAAUGUCAGUGAGGUCACGCUGUGUGACAGGUCAAGCCCAACAGAGGUCAAUGGAACAUUGCAGUCAUUAGGAGGUCCCAACUUCUUGGUGACAUUCAAUGUGUCUCCAACGGAUGAUUUUGUUGUGCGGCUAAGAGGAGACGACACCAGCUCAUCGUCACUGUCUUCCACUACAAGCAGAUUCCAGAGGCAGGCCUCCACUUCCAUUAAGACUUCCAACUUCUCUAUAACUGCUCGAGCUAACAGCACCAACAUUGAACCAGGUUCCACGAUCCCUAUCCAAUUCACUGUUACCUCAAGUAAAGUUGUGACAUUUUAUGUGAAUGCUACCAAUGACCGCAACUUUACCUCGACAUCGCCCAGCACUGUCACCAUAGAGGCAGCUACUGGGGGGGAGGCCGACGGCACCGUGACCCUAAAGGCUCCCGACAGAGCAACGUCAGGAACAGAUGUGACACUUACAAUUCAGGUGGAAGAUGCAACUGCCACCGAUAUCAACUAUGUUGUCCUUAGGUUUUCUGUCACUGCGAAGGUGACUGACGUCAAUAGACCAGUGUGCCAUGAAGUAAGUACAUCUACAUCCAACUGUUCAAUUUCAUCACUCUGUGACUCCUCCCAGUGGGAGUUUGUGGCCAAUGUGACCGACGGUGUUAAUGGAACGGGAAUUGAAAGAAUCACCGUCCGUGAAGGGAAUGGCACCCUCCACACGACCACAGUGAACGGGCCAGUGGGCGAUAACAUCACUGUGGUCUCCUACAGGGCAUCUUGCUGUGCAGACAGACUGGAGCUGUCUGUUGUGGACAAUGUGGGAAACGUUGGAAUUUGUGUGGGCCUGGUGAGCCAUUCCACCACAGUUGAGCCUGUAGUUGGGACUCCAGUUGGGACUCCAGCUACUGUGACAACUAACUCCACUUCCACUGCAGAGCAGAGCCUGAGCACCACACUUUGGGUCUGGAUUACUAUAGUGACACUAACACUUUGAAAAUGAAAAAUAUGUAUGUAAUGAUGUUCUUUUUUUGCAUAAUAAUCAGGAACUCAUAACUUGUAUUUUGAAGUCAGUUAAUUAUGCCUGAGCUGUCACAAAUAUAUUCUUUUCUAAAUCUUGCCAUCUGAAUGUGAAUUUUAAUCAUAGAUUAUUUGAAAAUUGUGAUUAUAAAAAUGUAUGCAAUAAUUUUAGCUAAUUGUUUAUCGUUAUAUUUUUAACAAUUACAUUUUUGCAUGAUCUAUUCAAGUCCUUGUUUUGGGAUGGGUGGCUUACCACAUGUUUUUAAAAAUGAAGUAUAUUAAAAGGUAAACAGUACGUGAAGCUAAUAAACACUUUUGUCAGUCAUUUAACAAUGCUUAUGAGUGUAUUAUCAGUUUGCAUUGAUGUAGCUAAUUAUGGGGGAAAUCAGGUUUUUAGCACUUAUGUUUUUUCAAUAUCAAAAUGCCAUUUUUAAUAUUUGAAAGGGUGUCAUAUGAACUGUUAUUAUUACACUAGGCUAUAACCUAUUACAUUACCAUAUAUAGGCCAAAAAUACACCAAAUUCCGACUGGAAAAAAUAUUCAGAAGGUUUUUGAAGAAAUCUUUUUAGUUUUCCAGUUCAGCUUUGUGACUGAACUGGCAUUUAGCGCCUCACACCGCAUGAGCUGUGAGCUGCAUCUUGUGUCUGAUACGUGGUACGCAGGGCCAAUCAGUUAAAUUCAACAAAAUGAUUACAAAAUUGACAAUUUUAGUGCGUUAGAUGCAUUGUAUGUUGGUCUGUAGGUGUUUAUUUAUGGUUGUGUGUGGUGGCGUGUUUUAAAAGGUAGCUUGGAUAGAAAGAUAUGUACUUCUUGAAAGAUACAUGUUAGUACGAGUUACAAUAUUUUUAAAUUAAAACCCGUCUUAAUGUUAUCGUUUUAUUAAAAUUUGUAAAAUUUUAAAUAAAAAAA